AUGGCAUGUCUCCUCUACCCCUCUCUCCCUCCCCCCCCCCCCCCUCCCCAAUCAAUCACCGCCCCAGACGAUCUCACACACAUCCGACAACACAUCCGUCGACUAUUCGAAUUUACCUUGAGACCGACCAAAAAAAACCCAUCCGCACAAUUGAAACCGCCCAGCAUGACUUUAUUACUUCAGAUCAUAUCCCUCUCCAUCCAAACCACACAAUACAAGGUCGUACCUUUCUCCAUAGGAACGGUGAACGUUCCUCCUCGAGCAAUGCACAACUGUCCACGACGGAUCGGGACGAAAAAUGACAUGGUCAUGUGUUUGGGGAUUGUCGAUUUAACUCUGUUUCCUCUCACCCGCACGGAUUCACUUCAGUUUGUCGUCAUGACCGAUUUCCCAGAUGCUCGACGAUCGUUGGAUAUAAUGGGAACGUAUCAAUUGGGAGUCUUGGGAGAUUGGCUAGGGGUAGAGUACGGUUCGAAAGAUUGGGGUCAAAGUUUGGAAUUUGACAUUUAUCCAGAACCUCAAGGCUUGUUGAAUUCACCCGGCUCGGGUAAAAACGCUCUAGACUUGCUUUACACUCUCUUGAUGCAACCUCCACAAACCAUUUUCCCAUUCCAGAUCGAUAUCGAACGCGAACGCGAAAGCGCCGUCUCCCCGACGUCAACGUCGACUUUGAAGGAUGAUCAUACUCCGUCUCGUCGGAUCAGAUUGGAAUUGGAACAGAUCACCACCACGCAGUUGGAUGUAUGGGCGAGAGAACGGGCUCAAGAGACGGAACGAGUCAUCAUCUCGGUCAGGGAACGUGAUCGCGCGUCGGAUAUCUUGGGUUAUAUGAACAUUAUUUGA